GGCUGCCUUCCAAUGUGAUGACUUCGCCGAGUACUUGCACUUCCAGUACCCUGACUCAAUUCUUUCACCAAUCGAGUCAUUGAGUGACAUUUGCUGGUGCUAUCUAGUCAUAUAAUUCUGCCACUGGUCCACGCGGAAGCGAACCGCCAUUCAUCUCAAAGGCUUUGUCUCACCUCGCCAUGAGCAGCACAGCUGGAAAGCGCAAGUCAAUUGUCCCUCCUACCGAUGACAGGAAAAGAGUCAAGCUACAAGGCGGAGCCGUUGCCAUGGCUAACUCCAAAAAGGGCAAAAAGGACAAGGACACCAACAGUGGACAAUCGGGGUCGUCGGCGACCAAGAGCCCUGCAACCACAUCGCAACCAGCAGCUCUUAAUAACCGUCCCAAAAUCCGGAAACUCGCGCCCCCACGGCCAUUCCCAACAGUUGCACCGUCCGCACCUGCCACAGCACCGCGCUCUUUGCAUACCGAAGGCAAGAAUAACAUCUGCGUCACGCGACGUACCAAGCUAGCCGCUUAUCUGCGACGAUGCAAGGCUCUGAUCCUCGAAGAUGGGUUUAAAGAGAUUCGAUUGAGCGCAAUGGGUGCUGCUAUCCCGCAUCUCUCGCUUUUGGCCAUUUCUCUGCCUCAAAUAGUGCCGGACGAGCUGAGCGUCGAAGUGCAGACGGGUAGUGUGGAGGUUUUUGACCAGAUGCUUGAAGGAAGCGAGAAUGAAGAUAGUGGUGACAAUGACGAGGAAUUCAAAACAAGGGUCAAGUCGACAAUGAAUGUCGUCAUUCACGUCGGAGGCUCAGGGGAACCCAAGUUGAUAAGUAAUCCCGCGAAAGGAUCAGCGACAGAUUCUGGCCAAAGCGAUGGGAAUAUUCAACAACCGGAGCAGAUUGUCCUGCAGGAGCCUGAACAGGAAGACAUGGACCAGUCAUAACAUCAAUCAUAGUUACUUGUAGUCCAACUUUGCCCAUCUGUUUGAAGAAAAUAUUGGCGUUGCCUGGCUAUGUCUCACCGUGUAACGUGCAACCGUCCCAGAUUCUGUUGGGAUUUGGUGAUGGAAUACGUUCACGCAUUGCACGGAGCGACACGCCGUUUUGAUCGCAAUAUCACCCCCCGCCGUAUGUAUCAGUUGUUAACAGCGCUUAUAGUGAGUGCGCUCGCGUAAUAUGUACUGGAACCUUCGUUUUCUCGUUGCCUCCCACUUCAAUGAACCUAACGCAC